AUGUCAGCCUCCGCCGUUCUCUCUAACCUACCUCGCGAUGCAACUUCGGCUCUCGCCACUGUCGGCCAGUUCGCCCAGGACAAAGUUUUGGUACGGUUCAAGCCCAUCGGGUCCGCCCCCAGCCUUAGUCGCGAGGUGUGCAAGAUUAGCUCCGCGCAAAAGUUUGAGGCUAUCGUUGCCUACCUCCGCCGCGUGCUCAAGGUUCAAAGCACGGAUAGCGUUUUCUCUACGUAA